AUGCCUUUGUCGCACUCGCACAGCUUCGCUUCACUCUCUGGCUUGCUCACACCCUCCCAGACGCCCUCCGUGAAGCCUGCACGUAUGGGCCGCCCGCCAACUCCCCACAAGCCUCUGCCCAUAACCCCAGAUCCGUCCAUCUCUACAUCUGCACAUGAUGAGGAUCAGGAGCCUCAGCGCGAAGACCAGUCCCAGACGGCUUCGUCGCUCCUGUCAACAUCAACAUCCGUAUCAAAACGGACUCAUGCGCUACAGGAGCUGCUGUCGUCGGAGCGUGCAUAUGCAUCCGACUUGGCAUUGAUUCGGGACAUCCACAUUCCAUUGGCCCUAGGCCAACCACCUCCGUUCAAUGCCGCCCCGCCCACUCCUCCUCCGUCCGGCCCGUCCUCAUGCACCGAAUCCCUGCGGUCGGACGCUUCAUCCAUCAGUUCCUGUGGCUCGAUCAAUGGACCAGCAAUGACCCCCGAAGACGCGCGGAUCAUAUUCAACAACGUUGCAGAACUUGCAGCAUUCGCGGAUACAUUCACAGAGAAGAUAGAGGAAGCUCUGGGUUCUGUGUUAGAGCUUGGGACAGGGGAGGACCAUGUUGGAGCAUUGUUCCUUGAGAAUAUACCCAUUCUGGAACCCUUGUACCUGCCGUACAUUACGAAGCACCCAACUGCGCUGGAGCAUCUGAACAGUUUGCCAGAGACUCCGGCGCUGAAGGAGUAUCUUGCUCAGUCACACAAUCUCGCAUCGAAUCUCACACAUGCAUGGGACUUGCCCUCGCUUCUCAUCAAACCGGUCCAGCGACUGCUGAAGUAUCCCCUACUGCUUAGCGCAAUCAUCGAUGAAACGCCGGAGUCGCAUCCCGAUAUCGCUAAGCUGAAGCUCGCCCGCGAGAAAAUGGAGGAAGUUGCCAGGACUGUAAAUGAGGAGCGGAGGCGACGGGAGGUUAUCAAGGAAGUUUUGAGUGGAGUGCCUUCUGGGCCGCAAAUCAAGCGGAACAGUGAUCCGAAGCCUAAGCCGAAGAAGAAGGGUCUUAAUGUUGGCAUAUCUGCUUCCGUUAGCCUGGGACGAAUGAAGACCCUCAGCCAGAGGUCCUUUAAGGUGAAGGAAGGCAGUGAGGCUGAUAAGGAAGCGGAGCAGGUGAUGCAGCUAGGCCAUGAGGUGAAGCGGCACGAAUCCUAUGCUCGUAACUUUGCCAAACAAGCUGUCGAGUGGUGUCGUGCGGUGGAAAUCCUUAUGCAACAUCUGCGUGCUUGGUCCACAAGCUUUGGACAAGCUAUCGGCGUUACGCAACCAGGGGAAUCGGAGGCAUACGAUGCCUUUAUGGGUGUCGUGACGCAUGAAAUCCCGUCGCUUUGCAAAGACAUCAUGGAAAUCGUCAAGGAGCGGCUUCUAGGCGAAUUAGCGAAAUUGGUGGAUUCAACCCUGGCACCUUUACGUCUGCUCGAAGCUAUGCAAACGCUGGAGCCGUUGCAUGCAGAGUUAUUGAAUCUAAAAGUCUCAAAAGCUCGACCGCCUCCACAUCUUGUCGAAGCAUCGCAGUACUACGUUGCUCUGCGCGCACAAUUAGCUGCAGAACUUCCACCAUACAUCGGGCUGCUGAGCAAAGGCAUUACACUGUGCAUUUUGCAAUUUUCAAACUGGCAAGCCAAUUUCUGGGGCAGCGUACGAGAUCGUUGGCUGUUGCUUUGGAACGCGCUCAAAGUCGAGGGAGAGAUGAAUGCUGGUGCUGCUGAGACUCUCAGAGUCUGGUGGAUGCGAUUUGGCGACGUAGAGGUACAUAUGCUGGGGUUAAACAUCCUGCGACAACCAGAGAAGAAAUCGCAUGGGCAUGACGCGGCGCGGACGAAGUCGGACGGCUCUGCUCAGGCUUUCGAAGAUGACCUGAGCGAGAAUGGCUCGACUGUAAUUGUCAUGACCUCGUUUGAUCCAUUCAACGAUACACCGAGCUCGCCCUCUUCUCUCUCCCUCCAGACACCCGUAAGCAACAAAGCUCGUAGCGUGCGAUCUGUGGACCUGGGUGCCCUUGGCAGUAGGCGUGGUCUUGAGCGACAGAAUUCCGACGGAAGUCAGCGGUCGAAGAAGUCUACCAAAUCCUUCAAGUCAGGUAAAUCGGGGCAUGACGCGAGUCAUAGCGCCAAUAGCGUCGAUCCAAAAGUGAUUGCAUUUGGUUACACCGCUACAUUGACGUCGUUGGGCUCUUCCCCACAGAAGGCGACAUAUCUGCGACAGAGAAUCAAGCCAAUACCAGCGCCGCUACCCCUGAAGAAGUCGUAUUCUCAGAGUCGGAUCAUCGAUCGCCACGCGAACACCCCUCAAAAUGGCAACAAUGAGAAGGGAGAUUGGCGACCUCCCGACUCGGAAAGAGGCCGUCCUUCACGGAAACCAUCCUUCAAACGGCGGCUGACGGAGGCGCUCAAGCCAGAUACAGCGUCGCUGUAUUCGCGCCAACAUCGGUCGCCGUCAAUGCCUGCGACAGGGCUUCUGUCACCCAUGCCAUCACCUAUCAAACCCACCUUCACAAAACCUUCUGUUCUUUCACGGCGCGCAAGCAGAGGACCGAGCAUCAGCGGCGACCAGCUUGAAGUGUUGUACUCAUGUCAGGUUGUUCACCCUUGCGAGCCUCCGCCUGGUGUGUCUUAUCAAGAUCUCCCGUUCUUCACUCUUCAUGUCGGUGACGUAUAUGACGUGCUCAAGGAGGCAGGUCAUCCGUCGAUACACCAGGACCUGCCGUUGUAUGUUGACGAUGGAGAGGAUUGUUUAUUAUUGGUCCGUAACUGUGCACAUGACGUUGGAUGGGUUCUAGCUAGUUUUCUUGUCCCUGCGGACUAG